GCGCAUCUCGAGCCCGCCAACGACUGACAGCGACUUCGACAACCCGCGCCCCCCCGUUUCUGCCCUUCAGCUUCUCCCUGUCGCACGCAGAUUCUCGCUGUCAACUGCACCUGCAACCAUGGCCGACGCUCCCGUUACCCUGCGGACUCGCAAGUUCAUCCGCAACCCCCUGCUUGCUCGCAAGCAGAUGGUCGUGGAUGUCCUCCACCCCAACCGCGCCAACGUCUCCAAGGACGAGCUCCGCGACAAGCUCGCCGACCUGUACAAGUCCAACAAGGACCAGGUCUCCGUCUUCGGUUUCCGUACGCAGUACGGUGGUGGUAAGAGCACUGGCUUCGCUCUCAUCUACGACUCCCAGGAGGCCCUGAAGAAGUUCGAGCCCCUCUACCGUCUGGUCCGUAUCGGUGCUGGCAGUAAGGUCGAGAAGCCCAGCAGACAGCAGCGCAAGCAACGGAAGAACCGCUCCAAGAAGUUCCGCGGUACCGCCAAGACCAAGGGCCCCAAGAAGAACAAGGACUAAGCGGAUCGUCACGAUGGAAUUCCGUGCGGUUGAGAGAGAGGGGGGUCGUUGCAGGAUUCGAAUUCACUUUCGGAUCAUCGGAUACCUUACUACUCGGACGACGACGAAGAAUUAGAAGAUGGAGGAGAAGACGAUCGUCGACACGCGGACCCGGGCCUGAAGUGAAAAAUGAAGAAA